AUUACAACAUCACUGCCAUUUUCUUCGGGUUCUUCCACCAUAAAAGCUCGAGAAAAGAAGAGAGAGAGAGAGAGACCCUUCCUUAGAUCUCUUCGUCUGGAAAUCUGACAGAGAAAAAGCCUGUCGGAUUAGGGUUUUGUGUCCAAGCUUCAGCGGCAUCUGCAACGAAAUACUUCGAGAACUUGGUUUAGGUGAGUUAUCAAACCACUGUUUCCCCAUGUCGGUGUUGUUUUUGUCAUUGCAAGAUCAGUGACUUGAAGCCGUUCGUGGUGUUUGGAUCUUUAUAGCUAGGAGGCUGGAGUGAUUGAAAUCUCGAGUUUUUGGGCCUUGGGGCUCUGAAAAUGAAUCUGGAUUUAUGCUUGGAUUGUGUUCUGUAUAUUGCCUCAUAGAAACUCGAAGCUUGGUGAAUCGGUGUCGUUUCUUACAUGGUUUCUGAAUUAUGUUGGAAGGGAAACAGAGUUUACGGUUUCUCGAGAAUACCCAACUGAAGAUGUCUUGGGUUGGGUUCGAAAUUCAGCGAAAAGAUGGUAACUUUGCUUACCCACCUGCGUUUUCACCUCCUUUGUACAAAGAGCCAAACCCUUCAACAUCAUCAUCUCCAUCGUCGGCAUCUGGUAAUAAAAUCAGCCCAGCUGUUCUUUUCGUCAUAGUGAUUUUAGCUGUGUUGUUCUUCAUAUCUGGGCUGCUUCACCUGCUUGUUAGAUUUCUCAUAAAGCAACCUUCAGCAUCUUCAAGGUCCAAUAGGUACCCAGAGAUCUCUACCUCUGACACUCUUCAGAGGCAGCUUCAACAGCUUUUCCAUCUCAAUGAUUCGGGUCUCGAUCAAGCGUUCAUAGACGCUCUUCCCGUGUUUCAGUACAAAGAGAUAUUGGGUGCCCAAGAGCCUUUCGACUGUGCUGUUUGUCUCUGUGAAUUCUCUGAAAAGGAUAAGCUGAGGUUACUGCCAAUGUGCAGCCAUGCCUUUCAUAUAAACUGUAUAGAUACUUGGCUGCAGUCCAAUUCAACAUGCCCUCUUUGUCGAGGCACACUCUUUACUCCCGGGUUUUCAAUGGAGAACCCCAUCUUUGAUUUCGACGACAUAAGAGAAGACGAGGAAUGUGUGAUCAGGAACGGCGAAAAUGGUAGCCAGAAAACUGUGGAAAUCCAGGAAAUAGUUGUCGAAAAGGGGGUUUUACCGGUGAGAUUGGGGAAAUUCAAGAGGCUAGGUGGUGGCUCGGGUGAAGCUGCUGCCGGAGGAGAGACUAGUAGCAGCAACUUGGAUGCAAGGAGAUGUUUCUCAAUGGGUUCGUAUCAGUAUGUGCUCGGCAACUCAGAGCUGAAAGUUCCUCUGUGCAACGACAGACGGGAUCUUCCCAACUCGAAACCUCAAGACAAAGAUUCUGAACAGACGGCGAAUUCAUCGGCUAGCGGAGACUCGGAGGGAAAGAAGAUCAAUAGCAUGGCAAAGGGCGAGAGCUUCUCGGUUUCAAAGAUCUGGUUGUGGUCAAAGAAAGAUAAAUUAUCAUCGAAUGCUCAGACAAGGUUGCCUUCUUCGCUUAACGUUGAUCUGCAAGAUCUGCCAUGGAUGGAAGAGCACAAGAAGAAGAACAACAGCUAAAGGUAGUUCCUUUUUUGCUAUCAUUGUGCAUCAGAAGAACAAAAAAACCCCAUUGAAACAAAUCAAUGUUAAGGUUCUCUGAGCAUAUUUUUGAGAUUACAAUCAUCAGUUGUAAACAUAUUGUCAAAAGCUUAUAUUUUUCUUAUGGUUUU